UAUCGAUAUCCUGUAUAUGAAACUGUUUCAUGAACGCGUUAAUCUGGUCCCUAUCAUCACAAAGUCAGACACACUCUCAGAAAAGGAGCUGUGGAUUCUGAAGAAGAGAAUGGUCCGACAGCUCAAGUUGAACGGCAUCAUUUUUCAUACAUUUGGCAAGGACUCAAGAGUGAGUUGGAAGCAUUGGUGAAAUCUUGUCUUUAUGAACGUUUUCGAUACUCACAAGAGGAAGCAGCCCACAAAGUUAUUA